AUGGAUCAUUAUUACGACUGCGAUUCGACCGAAUUCGGCAUAGUACAGAAGAUUCCAUAUGUGCGGACUUGUUCCACGUGUGACGCUAUAGAUAUUAAUUUCUCAUCCGCCUGCAUUAGAUGCGGAAUGUGUCUCGCUAUAGCUGAAAAGAUAAAUCAAACUUUAUUAGACGUCCACGAAAUGAUGGCUUCCAACUCGAAUUUAAACGAUACCGAAGUCGAACUUCUCUUGAGGACCAUUUGCGACCACUCUUUUCAAUACUAUAGUCUUCGAGAAGCUGACGGAAUAAGAUUCAUUUCCGACAGGCUGCCCGGUUCCAUUUUGGUGACCACGUCCUCGGAUGGACUCUGGGGAGAGAAACUAAAAGAUCUAUGUCACUAUUAUCUCGACGAGAUCGGGGAGGUGGCACUUUACGAGCAAUGGCAGCAAUGGUGCAAGGACGAUGAAAAGUUUCCCAACUUGACGAACGUUAUGUGCCGAAACUCACUUGGUACGUUACGAGACUGUAGAAGCAUGGUCGACAUGGCUAAAUACGAGUCUCCCUUUAAACCAUACAAUGCCAAAGUAUCAGUCAUCGCAUCGUACGAUAAAUACGGAAAGUACGACGAUUGA